AUGAAAAUCGCGAUCGAGGGCUGCUGCCACGGCGAGCUCGACGCCAUCUACGCCGAGCUCGCGCGCCUCGAGCAGCAGAACGGCUACAGCGUCGACCUCCUCCUCAUCUGCGGCGACUUCCAGGCCAUUCGCAACCACCGCGACCUCGCGUGCAUGGCCGUCCCGGACAAGUACAAGAAGCUCGGCGGGUUCGCGAAGUAUUACACUGGAGAUGCGAAGGCACCCAUACUGACUCUCGUGAUCGGGGGAAACCACGAAGCGUCCAACUACUUCUGGGAACUAUACCACGGCGGUUGGAUCGCACACAACAUCUACUACCUCGGACACGCCAACUGCGUGCAGGUCAACGGUGUUCGCAUAGGCGGCGCGUCCGGCAUUUUCAAGCCAGGAGACUUUCACCUAGGGCACUACGAACGUCCACCAUACAAUCACGGCUCCAUGCGCAGCAUAUACCACAUCCGCGAAUACAAUAUCCGCCGCCUCUCCCUCCUCUCCCCCCUCACCAUCUUCCUCUCGCACGACUGGCCGCAAGGCAUCGCGCACCACGGCGACCUGCGCGACCUCCUCCGCCGCAAGCCCUACUUCCGCGACGACAUCAACAAGGGCGUGCUCGGCUCCCCGCCCAUGAUGGACCUCCUACACACGCUGCACCCCGCCUGGUGGUUCGCCGCCCACCUGCACUGCAGGUUCGAGGCGACGGUGGAGCACAGGUCGCCUGGUGCCGCGCAGGCCCAGCAGGCUGCGGCGAGUGCGGAGAAGACGAACCCGGACGAGAUUAAUAUCGACGAUGAGGAUGAGGAUGCGCCAGCUGUCGCCGUCGUGGCUCCGGCGAUUGCGAGCACGGUAGUCGAGAAAGCCCCAGAGGUCCCGCGGAAUCCGGACGAGAUCACGAUGUCUGACGAAGAGGACGAGGUGGAGGCUCCGCCGCCACCUCCACCACCACCAGUAACAACCCGCUUCCUCGCACUCGACAAAUGCCUCCCCCGACGAAAAUUCCUCGAGGUAAUCGACGUCGACGCGCCCUCCCCCUCCCCCGGCCCGCCCUUACUCACCUACGACCCCGAAUGGCUCGCCAUCACGCGCGCCUUCAACCCGCACAUGUCCACCGAGCGCCACCAAAAGGGGUACCCCGACGAGAGCCCCGCGCGCGCCGCGGUCGCCGACGCGCUCGAGUGGGUGCGCGCACACGUCCCCGCGGGCGGGGCGCCGCGCGUCGAGGACGUGCAGCAGUUCGUGAUGGUCGCGCCUGGGCCGGCGGCGGACGAGCCGCGCGCACCGCCGCCGUACUACCCGAACCCGCAGACGGCGGCGUUCUGCGCGAUGUUGCAGAUCGAGAACAAGGUCGACUUCCCGCCGGCUGUGGGGUCGAGUUAG